AUGAAGGCUACUUUCGUUACCCUCGCUGUUGCUGGCUUCGCCGCCGCCCAGAACCUCAGCGGCGUCGACGGCUGCGUUCGCUCCUGCAUCGAGAAGGCCUUCCCCCAGGUUGGCUGCACUGGCACCGAAGCUGAGAUCGCUGCCUGCGCCUGCAAGCCCGAGACACAGGCCAAGCUUCUCGCCCCCGUUACCCAGUGUGCUACCCAGAACAAGUGCGACACCAGCGCUCUCAUCAAGGCUCAGUCCGUCGCCGCUGAGGAGUGCAAGGCCCUUGCUUCUGGUUCUGGCUCUGCCUCGGGAUCUGCCUCUGCCACUGCCACCGGCUCAGCUACUGAGUCGCACUCUGGCUCUGCUUCUGCCACAGGCUCUUCUGCUCCUGUCGUCUCUACCCUGUCCACUGGCACCGGUGGUGUGCCUACUCAGAGCAAGAACCAGACCGCUACCUCAACCAGCGGAGCUACUGGCACCACCAAGGCUCCUACCUCUUCCCAGGGUGGUUCUGGCAGUGCCACCAGGUCCGGCUCUGGCACUGUCCCUACUACCACUGGUGCUGCUGCUGCUGGUCCCGUUGUCGGCGCUCUGGCUGCCGUCCUUGCUGCCGCUUUGGCUCUGUAA